UGGCGUUUAGAAAAUCCAAUCUGGGUCUAGUGACAUCACCAGACGGAUAAAAGAAGGAUCUCGAGGAGGGAGAAGUGUCUUCUCCUCCUCCUGGAUCAAGUCCUCCACCACAGCCAGCAGAGGGGAAGCAGGCAGCCGGAGCUCCGCGCAUCAUGCUCGGCAACAGGAAGAAACAUGCGCCGCCGCUUAAGAACGGAGCCGGGACGUCCGAGUCCAAGGCCAUCGAUCCCCUGAGAAAUCUGGGAGUCCACGAUGAUGAUGACGUGAAGAGGAUGCUUCAGGGCUCCAGCAUGGUGAAGGUUCGCUCACCGCGCUGGCAGAAGCGUCGAACGCUGAAGCUGCUGCAGGACGGCGUCACCGUCUGGUGUCAGUCACACAAGACUUCCAGCCGGGCCAAGGAGCAGCAAUCCUUCUCUAUCAUGGAGGUGGAGUGUAUCCGGGAGGGCUGUCAGUCGGAGACGCUGAAGCAGAUUUCAGGCUCCGUCCCGGAGGGGCGCUGUCUGACCGUCGUCUUCAAAGGCCCUCGUAAGAGUCUGGACCUUCUCUGCCAGACCCAGGAGGAGGCUCAGCACUGGACCAGGGGUAUUCGGACUCUGCAGGAGAGGGUGGAGAACAUGACCCAGAAGGAGAAACUGGACCACUGGAUUCAUGCCUACCUGAGCCGGGCCGACCAGAACCAUGACGAUAAGAUGAGCUAUGAUGAGGUCCAAUCUUUGCUGAAAAUGAUCAACAUCGACUUGAGUGACCAGUACGCCCGCAGUCUUUUCCAGAAAUGCGAUCACUCCGCGGAUGGACGUCUGGAUCACGGAGAGAUCGAAGUCUUCUGCAGGGAGCUUCUCCGGAGACCGGAGCUGGACGCCGUGUUCAUUCGCUACUCUGCCAAUGGCUGCGUGCUGUCCACUAUCGACCUGAGGGAGUUCUUAAAGGACCAGGACGAGGACGCCUCGGUCACUCACGCUCAGAGCCUCAUCCUGACGUACGAGCUCAACCCAUGGGCCCAAAAGAACCAGUUCAUGACUCCCAAUGGCUUCACCAUGUACAUGCUGUCGAAGGAGAACUGUGUGCUCACGCCGGAUCACGCUCGGGUCUAUCAGAACAUGACUCACCCGCUGGCCCACUACUUCAUCUCCUCGUCCCACAACACCUACCUCACCAAGGACCAGCUGACUGGAGACAGCAGCACCGAGCCCUACAUCCGAGCUCUGAGUCACGGCUGCCGCUGUGUGGAGCUGGACUGCUGGGACGGAGACAAGGGAGAGCCGGUCAUAUAUCACGGCCACACGCUGACCUCUAAAGUGCCCUUUGUUGAAGUCAUUCAGAUCAUCAAGGAGUAUGCGUUUAAGGCGUCUCCUUACCCGCUCAUCCUCUCUCUGGAGAACCAUUGCUCAGUGGAGCAGCAGUCGGUCAUGGCCCGACACCUCAGGUCCAUUCUGGGGGAGAAGCUGCUCACGAAGGCCAUCAGCGGUCGGGAUCCCCAACAGCUGCCCUCACCUGAGGAUUUGAAGGGGAAAAUCCUGGUGAAGGCCAAGAAGGAGGCUGCAGGGGAAGACGUCUCUUCCAGCUCUUCGGACCUGAGCUCGGAUGAGGAGGUCAGCCGGACCGACAGCAGAUCCAGUAAGAAGAAGGAUGAGAAGAAGCCCACUGUGUCCAAGCUGAGUCCCGAGCUGUCGGACCUGGUGGUCUACACCCGUAGCGUGCACUUUAAAACCUUCGAACAGGCCUCCAGAAGCCCCGCCACCGACAUGUCGUCCUUCUCAGAGAGCGAAGCUCUGCGCCUCGCCAAGGACUCAGGGACGCAGUUUGUGCGCCACAACUGCCACCAGCUCAGCAGGAUCUACCCCUCAGGCCAGAGGCUGCAGUCCUCCAACUACAACCCUCAGGAGAUGUGGAACGCAGGCUGUCAGAUCGUUGCUCUCAACUUCCAAACUCCUGGGGAGCCAAUGGACCUGAACCAAGGCAGGUUCCUCCAGAAUGGCCAGUGUGGCUACGUGCUCAAACCCGCCUUCAUGCUGCAGCCUGACACCACCUUCAACCCCGAGAAUGUUGGUGGAGGUCCGGCUCACAAUCCAGUGCUGCUAACAGUGCGGGUCAUCUCGGCUCAGCAGCUGCCUAAACCAGCGUGGGACAAACCCAGCUCCAUCGUGGACCCUCAGGUGUGGGUGGAAGUCCACGGCGUUCCCAUCGACAACAACAAGAAGAAAACAAAUCAUGUCGACAACAAUGGCUUCAACCCUCGAUGGGACAGCAGCUUUAACUUCACAGUCCAUGCGCCUGAGCUGGCUUUGGUCCGCUUUGUGGUGGAGGACCAUGACUACACAUCCAGUAACGACUUCCUAGGACAAUACACGCUGCCUUUCUCCAGCCUGCGCACAGGUUAUCGGCAUGUUCGCCUGCUCAAACUGGACGGGUCCAGUCUGUCGCCGUCCUCUCUCUUCGUCCACAUUAAAAUCAGCCUUUGUCAGAGCAGUCCGUCCAAAUUUUCAGCGAAAUCGCCAGCAGCAAAGUCGCCGUCCAAAAAGUCCUAGUGCCCUGGCUUCAUACAGGCUGACCUUUGACCUCACACGCUAUCAGCAACUGUGUCUUAAGAGGCAACUCUGGUGCUCAGGCUUUCUCAGGCCGUCCACAGAACUUUCCAUGUGCUGAAAUACAUUCUCUAUUGGUUUAAUGCAGCACUUUUAAAUUGUAUUUCAAGGAUCAAAGGAAGAUGAAGCCAAUCAUAGAACUGAACUCAUCACACAGGUUCACUGUCUGGGACCAAAUAUGUUCAGUCACAGCAGUGUUAGUGGCUACAGUGUAAACCCAGAGGGUCCAAUCCGAUUUCCUCAUCAUUACGCAACACAAUAAUCAUACGAAAUUUCACUAUACUGAGAAACAAUCGACCUGAAAUUUGCAAUUUCAGAUCAGAAUCAAGAUGGUGAGUUUCCAUACACAUGUAACUAACUCCCUGCACGAUAAUGUAAAUGAUCAUCCAGGGAUGUGAAAAUUUGGACUGUGAAGUGACACAAAAAAUGAAAAAAAAAGACGGCAAAUAACAAAAUUAUCAUUUCAUCCAUGUAAUAUACCAUAUAAACACCACAGUAGCUACUAUUGAGUAGCACUGGGGCCUGUGAGGAUGCUUGCUGCUUCUUCUGACCUGUGGAGUCACACUUAUUUAUUACAAAGUAAUAUCAGAGCAAGCAUGUCAUACUAACAUCUAUAAUAAAUAUGAUAUAUGCUGAUGUGCAGUGGUGUGUAGAUGAGGUAUCAUGAAUCAGUAGUGCAGGGUUGGUGACACCGUGUCCUAAUUUUCAGAGGCCACUAGAUGGCGCUCUUCAUGACAAAACAUUUUUUCCAAACAUUUUACAGCAGACAGUGCCACCUGGUGAACUCUGAAGAUCAGGACACUGUUUCAUGAAACCUCAUCCACCCGUCAUUACUGAUAUGGGAGAAUUGCUCCGACAUAUUUGAUGAAGGAAUGACGACUAUGGAUCUCCAUUGUAUCAGAAGGUGGAAGACUGCGUGCCUGGAUUUUCUGCUCCGCAUGUCUAACUAACCUCAGAGCUAAAACAUGAAUAAGUCAAUGUUACUUUUCAUUUACCCAAUGUUGCCAAAGCUCAAAUUAUUUUUGUCCCGGAUUUUGAAGUUUUUGUUUAUCGUUCGUAUGAAGUGUUUACAUUCAGUAUUUAUGUUUCCUGUCUGUCUGAGCAGUGCUGUUCACUCUCUUGGCUGUACAAUCAUCCCAGUGUUUUGAUGAUGUAGCUUACAUUUCAUGUUUGUUUCACUUUUAGAUUUUUUUGUUUUGUUUUAGUUAUCAUUCGUGUUUUAUUGGUAAACACUUGAAAGCGAUAUGACCAACCAUGUUGAUGUGUUUUGACUGUGUUACGCAAUUCAAAAAUGAAGAUGUGCACUAGCGAGCUGCCUUAUACUGAAGUUAGAUUUUUAGAUGCUUCUUAGUUUCUACAUGUGAUGAAAUUCCAGAUCAGUGUUAUUUUAUUACGUUUUUCUAAAGAAGGGAGUUUUUUUUUUUUUAAUUCAUGGCUAUAUUUAAUACAAAAUGUGUUUUAUGGAUUUGUGCAGGAAAUUUUGAUGUUCAAAUUCAGUAUCCAAAAAAAAAAAAAGAUCUUUAAAGAAAUAA